AUGGAGCCAGGAGGGGGCUCCUCAACACCCCCGGCCCCCAAUACCACCAUGGAGGAGCCAGACACUGGGCCUAAUAACUCCUCCCUGGAGCAACCAGGCACAGACCCGGGGAAGCUCCCAGCGCUCCCUGUCGGGCCUGGAACUCACUGUAGGGAGCCCGCCUCUGGGAGCCCUGGCAGCCAGGCCUCUGCUGGGGACAUGAGCUCAGUGGGUGAGGCCAGCAGCUCUAAGAUCCCCAACCGGGACAGCGGGAUAGACAGCCCGUCCUGCAGCGUGGUCGGCGAGCACUUCUGUGAGGACAGCGGCGAGGCGGGCCCAGGUACCGUCAUCAAAGGGCCACAUCCGGGGACAGCCCUGGGCGGCAAGUCUCCGCAGGAGGAGGCUGAUAGUGAUGCAGGCGAGGGCAGCGGUGAGGAGCCAGACCCCGAGAACAACCUUUCUAAGGUUGACACGGAUCCAGCCAAGUGCUCUGAGCCUCAGAAGUUGCUCCACAUUGCCCAGGAGCUCCUGCACACGGAGGAGACCUAUGUGAAGCGGCUGCACCUGCUAGACCAGGUUUUCUGCACCCGGCUGACAGAAGCAGGGAUCCCUUCAGAAGUCACCACAGGCAUCUUCUCUAACAUCUCCUCCAUCUAUCGCUUCCAUGGGCAUUUCCUCCUGCCUGAGCUGCAGGCACGGAUCACGAAUGAGUGGGAUGUGAACCCCCGACUUGGAGACAUCCUGCAGAAGCUGGCCCCGUUCCUCAAGAUGUAUGGUGAAUAUGUCAAGAACUUCGACCGGGCUAUGGAGCUGGUGAGCACCUGGACCCAGCGCUCACUGGUAUUUAAAGACAUUGUCCAAAGCAUCCAGAAGCAGGAGAUGUGUGGAAACCUGACACUGCAGCACCACAUGCUGGAGCCCGUGCAGAGGGUCCCCCGCUAUGAGCUGCUGCUCACGGACUAUCUGAAGAGGCUCCCAGAGGACGCCCCAGACUGGAAGGAUGCAGAGAGGUCCUUGGAGCUCAUCUCCACAGCUGCCAACCACUCCAACGCUGCCAUUCGGAAAAUGGAGAAAAUGCACAAGCUUUUGGAGGUGUACGAGAGACUGGGUGGGGAGGAAGACAUCGUCAACCCUGCGAACGAGCUGAUCAAGGAGGGCCACAUCCAGAAGCUGUCCGCCAAGAAUGGCACCACCCAGGACCGCCACCUCUUCCUGUUCAACAGCAUGAUCCUUUACUGUGUGCCCAAACUGCGGCUUAUGGGCCAGAAGUUCAGUGUCCGGGAGAAGAUGGACAUUUCCGGCCUCCAGGUGCAGGAUAUUGUCAAGUCAGGUGCAGCCCACACAUUCAUCAUAACUGGAAAGAAAAGGUCCCUGGAGCUACAAACUCGGACGGAAGAGGAGAAGAAAGAAUGGAUUCAGGUCAUUCAAGCCACCAUUGAGAAACACAAGCAGAACAGCCAGACUUUCAAGGCCUUCAGUGGCUCCUUCAGCCAGGAUGAGAAUUCCCCCCUCACUCCAGAACCCCCUAUGAUGAGCCCCAGCUCCGAGGUGCCCGCAGUGCCAGCCAACAGUGGAGGGGGAGCUUCAGGGUCUGAGCCCAGGAGAGGGUCCUCUAAGACCAGACGUGACAAGGAGAAGCAGGGCUGCAGCGGCUGUGGUGAGACCUUCAACUCCAUCACCAAAAGGAGACACCACUGCAAGCUGUGUGGGGCGGUCAUCUGUGGGAAGUGCUCUGAAUUCAAGGCUGAGAACGGCAGGCAAAGCCGUGUCUGCAGAGAGUGUUUCCUGACCCAGCCAGUGGCCCACUUGAGCCCCAGCCUUGAGGAGCCCCUGGAGCCCAAGCAGAGCACAGAGAAGCCGGUCGCUGCGGAGCCCCCACCUGGCCUGCUCUGCGGCCGCCUGCAGGUGUCAGAUGGCGGCACGGCAUGGAGCAAGGUGUGGGCUGCCAUCUCUGAGUCGGACUCCCUGGAGUUGGUGCUGCACCUCCACAGAGGCAGCCAGGAUGGCCAGCUGCUCCAUGCCAUCCCCCUCUCCGGCUGCAGGGUGAGUGUGCUGGACCCUGCAGAGAGACUGGAUGCCAGGCACGUGUGGCAGCUGCAGCAGGCCCAGCAGUCUUUGUACCUGAGCGCCCAGUCUGCCGAGCUGCAGCAGCAGUGGCUGGAGGCUCUCAGCUCAGCAGCCCGCGGGCGUUCAUCCCAGGCCAGCCUGGAGGCCCAGCAGCCCCAGGCCCCAGCUGCCCCAUGA